UGGUUCGGUCGCCGCGCGUACCGGAAACACAAAGGAUAGCUUCCGUCGGGUCGGCUUCGAGUUAAGUUUUCUUCUUCAAAUUGUAAAUAUAAAAUUCUUAAACGUCUGAAAUUAUAUUGAUCUGGAUAUCAAGACAGCGGGGAAAACAAAAUCGAGAUUUUUCACAUUUUCAACUGACUCGAAAAACAUUAAACAGUUUGUGAGGUGUUCCUUUACAUUGGAAAAUGUCUCUUGUGGAUUUGGGGAAAAAGUUGCUGGAAGCAGCAAAAGGAGGUCGAGAUGAUGAAGUCCGCAUCUUAAUGACCAAUGGUGCACCGUUUACCACAGACUGGCUUGGUCUAUCUCCUCUCCAUUGGGCUGCCAAGCAUGGACAUGUAAGCACGUCAGAAGUUUUAAUUCGGGCAGGUGUCAGUCGAGAUGCUAGGACUAAAGUUGACAGGACACCACUGCACAUGGCAUGUCAAGAAGGCCAUCAACAGGUUGCAGAAGUACUGAUAAAUGCUGGAGCAGACAUUGAUGCACAUGAUAUGCUGAGAAUGACACCACUCCACUGGGCAGUUGAAAGAGAACACAUGGAGGUUGUAGGUUGCUUACUGAAACAUGGAGCAGAUAUGACAAAGAUUAACAAAUUUGACAAGACAUGUAUAGAUAUAGCAUCAGACCACAGGAACCCUGUUCUUCUCGACUUAUUGACAUCUACAAUGCAAAUAAAGAAUGGCAGCGAUAAUUCAUUGCCCAAUUUAGCAUCAAGCACCAUAAAUCUAACAACUGCAGCCACUCCUACCAUCAAGACUACUACAACAUCAAUGAGACCUAAAGCAAAAAUCUCUGCCAGUCAGGGAAAAAUAAGUCUUGAUCUUGGGCCUAAAGGCAGCACCAGUUCUACAUCUGUACUUGCAACAUUGGCUGCUCUUGCUGAGGUAUCUGCUCCACUCAAAUCAGCAGGAUCAAGGAGUGGAUCAUUGUCAUGGCUUCAGGAUGCUUCCAUCACUGUACAACCAAAUCAAACGUAUACACUUACAGAGGCAGGACGUCUUGCUCUUAAUCUCACCAAGCCAAAGGCAAAGUCAAAACCAGCAAGACAGAGAAAGUCUUCCAAUCCAGAACAACUUCCAGUUACAACUUUAUCAGAGGAUGUCAUGCUUCAUCAGGUUGUAAAUCCUGGCACAAACAAGGUGAUUACCAUUGUAACCGGGGGAAAUAAGACAGACAUUAGUCCAGUUAAUUUGAACACUGCCUCUCCAGCAUCGCCUUCGACUACUGUACCUAUGUCAAUAACACUGGACCCUGGAAGUGAAUUAGAUGGAGAAAAUAUAUGUAUUGUAACAAGUGAGGAGAUAGUCAAUCAGGUGGAUAGUGUUGAGCUUGAAGUUACACAAGAGACAGAUGAAGAUCAAAACUUGAUACAUGUGACUGAUUUAACGACUGACACAGGAUGAAAGGAACAUACUUUAGAAGCGUUAUAAGCUAUUGAAAAGUGAGUGAAGUCACCUGGCAGAUGAGAGCUCUUGGAAAAUGAUUCAAAAUCAUCUGGUUUCUACAUCAUACUCAACUUUUAGAGUUAUCUCUUUGUCUGAGCUUGUAUUUCAAAGAAAAAUGCUACAGAAGUCAUCAUUCGUUUUAGGAAGAUGAAAAAAACUUUCUCAUGUGGGAAUUCAUUGUUUAAGAUGUUGAAAGUGGAUUUAAUCAACAAUUUGUGACCCCAAGAUAGAAUCCUUACAAGCCAAAAUACAGCAUCUGCAGAUAAGCAUCUGGAUUGUGAAGAACAAUACUGGUAAUAGAAGGAGGCUGCCUGCAUUGACAUUGAUAUUUGAAGACCAGGGUAAAGGCAGUGGGUCAGUAUCCCCAAGGAGUUUCAUAACCUCUAAAAUCGUAUAACCUGGGUUGCUGACAUUUGUUGACAUGAAUGCUAAAAGAGGAUUCCGUGAUUCCCUGUAGGGGAAAUCUUACACCUGUUCUAAUAACAGUAAACAAAUUGAAUUUUCUGAAGGAGACAAACAUGUUGGAUAUGGGUCAUAGCCAUAGGAAAACAAGGUGAUGGGGAUUGAUAGAAAAUAUAUAAAAAAUAAUACUGUUUUUUUAACUUGGAAAUCACCUUGACUGAUAGGUCAUGCAGUUCUGGGUUAAGAUUUGAGUGAUCUAUUAUACUUCUUAAAAUAAAAUGUGGACAUUUAUUCUUUUUGUUACCUUUCGAUAGAUUUUGUGACCUUUAACGACUUGUGCUAUAUCCAUCCGUCUGUCCAGCUUACACGAGUAUGAAUAAAUUUGCAUUCUAUUAAUCCUUAAAAAAAAAAUACCAAAGGUAAUAUCAGUCUUACAUGUAAAAUGACUUAACAUCAAUGUGAUUUUUGGGUUGUUUACUUGUUUGCUUUGUUUGAACUUGAUAUAGUGUUGUUUGCUAGUCCAGUAUCGAGAUGACAUACCAGCAUCCUUGCAUAAAGAAAUAUAUAUCUUUUACUUCCAUAUGUAUUAUAUAUGUCAAAUUUCUCUCAUUCCACUAUUAAGCAAGUAACAAAAAUAUUUGAAAUAAAUCUGACUGAAUUCGUUUGCAAAAUGAGCAUUCUCACUGGAUUAUUUUGCCACCAAAUAUAAAAUGUGGAGUUCAGUCCAACUAAUGUUGUAAAUCAAUCAAUCGAUCAAUCUCAUUAGCCCCAUAAAUUCAAGACUGUCAAAAGCUCAGCAGCAAUGGGAGUUGCUUUUAAUUCAGGUAAUAAUAUGAAGAUCACAGGCCAUUCCAGGUUAAUGAACUUAUGCUAUGUUAUGGUAUCAACCUAACAUUUAAAAAAAUGUGCUUGAGAUACAUUGAAAAACAGUUUUUCUGAGAAAAAAAAGAAAUCCGUUAUCAGAGAAAAUACUAAUCCACUAAAUCUCUUCACAAUUUGAGAUCAAAUACUAAGUUUAUCAAUCACCAAUUGCAGUUUUACAAGUUGUAAAAAUGAGACCUGUCACAAACUAUUUGUGCAAAACUCCCAUGUGAAUCUCUGUAUCGACUCCUGUUUGGAGAUU